AUGUUAUUUUCAGUGUGGACCCGCUGGGACCGAGAUUCUCCCACAGGCCAGUAUGACUCGGACCCAUUCCCGCUACAAGCUGUGCGCAAGCUGUCCAACCUGAAGAAUAUGACAUUCGAGUUCAACGGCGGGGAGGUCAUUCCCCCCAAUCCCAUCAUCCCUUUCUUACGGGAGGUCGCAUCACGUCCAUCCCUUCGGACGCUCGGUCUUGGCAGCUUUACCUUUCAUAGCGUCGACGACCUCGUCGAGAUCCUUGCGGCAGGUCCACAUUUGAUGAGCGUCUUCGUCGCCGCAUGCAUCUUCAACUGCGAGUUCAGCGAGGGUAUCAGCCGAGCCGCCUUCGCGCCCGAAUACUGCAGAGACCUGCGCACAGUGGUGUUCACGGACAACGAGAAGAUGGACCCACUGCUUCGCGCACUACCUUCUCCGUCCGAUAUUACCAAUUUGACUCUGGGUCCGCCUUGGCGCGAAACCGAACCAGAUUUUCAGCAGUACUACGAGGGUGUUACCCUCAACGAUUUUCUGGAUCUGCCUAAUUUCACCAGGCUGAAGAAUCUCGUCCUUCUGGUUGUGGACACGGGCACAUGGGUUACGGGCGCCCUCGCCAUGGUCCGCUCUCCCGCCCUUCAAGUGCUCUCGCUGUUCUGUUGGUGCGAAGAACUGGAUUCGAACUGGGGAUCGGUCGUGCAGGACAUGGAUCUUCCUCUGCAAGACAUCGACGCGUUGCUGUCGGAGGCCCCAUUUCUGGGCCUCCAGCGUAUCUGUGUGACCGUGUUCUGUCGUGAGCCUGCGGUUCGGUCAGACGACAGCUCUAGCAGCGAGGCCGAGGAUUCUACCGUCGACGCCCCGAACGACCCCGAACAAGACGGGUCGGUUUCGGACGGUCAGGCCGGAAGCUCCCCAAGCAGUAGCAAGGAGCGCGCAGAUGCGGUGGACGGCCCUACACAUGACGGCGUUUGGUUUGAGCAGCACGUUCGGAAGCACAUGCCGAGCUGCCACAAGCGCGGAAUCCUCGAGGUGCAUGCCAAAAUGGGCUCUUGGUCUCCCAUUCCUUACAGCAUCGAACCCAGACUUUUCGAGUAUCAACCGGAGUCACGGCGGGCUCUGCACCUGGAUCAGAGCAUCUAG